GACGGAGAUGUACAUGAAGAGGAAUGAAAAUAAAUAUAUACUUCAAGUUGAACCAGUUCCGCCAAAAUGACUCUGACACUUUGGAAAUACAGUCUUCGUCAGAAAAUUAAGCGCCCACUGUACCCAGCUCGACCAUAAGUUUGGUUUUCUUGCUGUAUUCGUGUGGCGAAAACUUCUUGGACCGAGUGUAUCCUUGUAUGGACAAAGUACUUUCUGGGCCUGACAACAGAACGAGGGGAGGAUCAUCAUCAUUGCCACCUUAUCAUAUCACGCCAGAUAUCUACACCAGACUUAUUGGAGUGGGGUCAUCCAACGAAUAUGUCUGUGGACUUGGUUUAAUCAAAAAUUUGCCCUCAUCGUCAUCGUAAAGCGUGACCAAAGGUCUAUCGAAGUGGUCACCGUUUUUCGUAAUUGCUCCACAAAUGCCAAAUUACAAAAUUUGCAACAUAUCAUUAAUUCCGCAACUAUUCCUAAAAUUUUUUAACUAAUCAUAAUUUACUGCUUCAUUAUCAAAGUGUGAAGGAGGAGGAUCCUUCCCUGUUACGACCCGUCGAGUUGUUCCUCAUCCUCUAUGGAAUGGAUUUGCCUUAGCCAGCAGGAGCAGCAGCAGCGCAAUACUUUUUAAGCGAGGAGAGGACGAUCAUAUGAUUUGAUGAUGAUUCCUCGUCCAAAACAAGAAGAAGAACCAACCAAAUCAGCAAAAAAGAAGACAUCAUCGUCAUCCCCACUAUAAUAAUAAUAUUUAACCAACUUUUAAACCAACCACCCCACAAAACUACAACCAUUAUCAUUGUGAGAUAGUGAUAUAGAGAGACGCGAUAAGCCCAACAGUGACCAGAAUAGCAAAACAGUGACUGUGUGGUUUGGUGGAUUUGGUUUAACUGCGAGUGGUUCGUGUUCUUUAAAUGCGUGGACAUGUAAAUAACUUUGCUGUACACGUAGUUGGACCACGAACUAGAAAGGACAGUAGUAGGGCAGCAUCAAGAAGAGUUAAUUAUAAUACAAAAUAGCCACGAAGGAGAAGAAGACCAGUUCCCCUUCUUCUUCUUAAACUUAACUAUUAUAUUAAUGUGUGGAGCCUUUAAGAACUUGUUCCAGUUUUAAGGCUCGUGUUCCCCCAUCUUCUUAACUAACUUUCUCCAAUAAUUAAUAACAACUUGUACUUGAUCGUGUCAAAUACUAUUUUAUACUAUUUAUUGGCCAAAUCAAACGACGAAGACAAACUUGUUCAUCUCAGUCCGACAACUUCCAGCCUAAAAAAAUAUUUAAAAUAUAAGACCAAGAACACUUAUCAAAAGAUUUAGGGGCAAUAAUCAUAAUAAUAAUAAUUCUAGAAAAUAAUUGGUGGAUGAUUUUGUCAUCCUCACUAAAGCAAAGAAUUUACAUAUCUCCUCAGAGCGUACAAGUUGUGUUGUAAUACAAGCCAAUUGUUGUAUUAUCUUACCUACCUGCUAAUUAGGUAUAGUUAAUUAGUUUACAGUUUUUAUGGACUGAUGAAAAUAAUUUAAUCAGUCGGAUCAGAUUUUCUGUUUUUAAAUUGUUACCUAAUUCUCGUCUACAUAUUUUUCACUCUCUCGAAAUUUUUAUCUUUUUGAAUUUCAUUUGACAUUUGAUGUCGUCAUCCCACUUUUUAUCUGACGAUUGUCAUCCGUAUCUAUACUACGAAUAGUAUAAUGUUCUGUUCUCAUUCUGUCGUCACUGGCACUUUGUCAACACUACCAUCAACGACCUAUCCACAACUAUCUCAACAGCAACUCAUUGUCCCCAGUAUUCUCUCCUCCUCCUACAAAGAACAACACCAAGAAGAAGAAGAACAAUAAUUCAUUCAACUCUCUUGUCCUCCAAGACUUGAAAUAAUGCAACGCUUGUGGUUGUGGUUCUUCUGACAAAGGAGUUGAAAAUUACAACAAGUUCAAAAAAUCUAAACCGAACUCGGCCCGUAUUCUGGACAGGAAACCAACACGGAUAACUCUUAUUUAGCAGAACUAACAUAUAACUAAAGAGAAACUUACGAAAUCAAAAAGUACAAAUAAUAAUAACAACAAAUUACUAAUAAUAAGAAAUAUAAUAGAAAUAAUUUGAAUAAUAUUAUUUAUUUAGACGUGAAAGUAUAAGAAGAAAGGUUAUUAUUAGAAUAUAACUCGUGCAUAUUUUAAACAAAAACUGGUCAAAGCGAUCGUCAGUCUCAGUAAUUAAAUAAAUAAAGUAACUCUGUGAUUAAUAAUUCUCGGUCGGCCGUACACAAGAAGUUUGGGAGUAAAUACCACCAGAAGAAAGUCGUCCUAAUCUAAACAAAAGCAGCGUUAUCCAGUAAUUAUCAGGGAAUUGUGUGUCAAGAUAAUAAGAGGACGAGGAUAACCUUCAUUUCGUAUCAACUCAUAAUUUUCCUACUCGACUGAGAGGACAUUUUUAUCCGGAGGAGGAGUGGUCGUCACAAUAAUUGCUUGGAAAGUGGAGGGUGGGCGGAGGAGAAAGGGAGUGGUCGAGGUGCGGUGGUGGUGGGGGAGGGAGGAACAAUGUUGGAUUUGGAAGUCUCCCCGGAGGAAGGAUUACAACAUGACCAUUGGGAGUUCAUUCUGGGGAUGCACUUUUCUCAAGCCGUGGCCAUCGUCCAAUCUCAAGUACGUGUCAUCAAAUCUGCUCAUGUAAUCUACAAUGACCAGAAUCCACUCAGCCACGAUCUCAUCUUGGAUCUACCCAGUGACGGAUUUAGAUUAAUUUUCGAUUCAAAGACUCAGCGACUUAAACUAAUCGAGAUUUAUCAGUUAAAACUGGUCCGACUCAAAUACUGUGGCACCGUGUUCAACGGAUCCGAAGUAAUUCCAACCGUGCAUCAAAUCGACCACGCAUUUGGAGCCACCCGUCCUGGAACCUUUGACAAGGAACGAGCCCUAUUUGUCCUCAAUUUCCGUGGACUAAGUUUCUACUUUCCCAUCGAUUCCCACUUCCAGCCCCACUACUCUCAUGGGUUGGGCAGUCUCCGCUUUCCGGGUGAGUCCACACCCGUUCUCAGCCGAAUGGUGAUCUACCAAGGGAGCAGUGGUUGCCCUGCAGAGGCUCCCAUCCCACCUCUGCCGCCCUCCUGCUUCAGGGGAAACGUCUUUUGUAGAGAGUGUGUCGUUCUUCGCACACCCUCACGGACGAGAACGUUGGGUCUCAAGCUGGACAUGUUUGCCCAGUCGACGGACGCCUUGUUGGAGUUGGAGGCUGCCGAGCCGGCCACUUUUGAGAGGUCCGUCUUUUUUGGAGAGUCGGCACAAAGCAUCGCCUCAAAGUUGGGAAAUCCGAAUAAAGUUUGCUACAAGAGUGACGACAAGAUGAAGAUUCAUUCGAAGGAGGCUCACAAAAAAGUAGCGGCGGAAAAGUCGGACUAUUUCUUUAACUAUUUUACACUUGGGAUUGACGUGCUCUUUGACGCGACGACGAACAGUGUGAUAAAGUUUAUCCUCCACACUAACUUUCCGGGACAUUAUGACUUCACCGACUAUCACAGAUCACCCUUUAGCUUGAUUUUGGGCCGAGUUACGCCCACUCAGACUGGUGGCCACCACCUGGACAAACUUCUCAACCUGGGCAACCUCAACCCAAACCCGACGGAUUUACUACACUUGGAUAAAGUUACGAUCCAUGAACCACCAGAACCAGAAAUUAUGCCACCCCCACAACCACCACAAAAUCAAGGAGGAGGAGGAAAGAACAAUAAGAAGAAUAAAAAGAACAAUAACAAAAACAAGGGACAAUUAUCAACAGCCUGUUCAUCCUCACCGUCCAACACUGACAGUUCAAAUUCAUCCUCUGAAAAAUCGUCGCCCCCUUCGGAAGAGGGACCCAUGACGGCUGCAGCAUCCUCGGCUGCUCCAAUUCUGCCCACGAGUGCUGUCCCAACUGCCACGUCGACAGCCACCUCGCUCGAAAUCAAGUGGGACUCGAGAUGGGAGGAAAUUCGGAAUUUUCUGUGGGCCGAGAAAGCCGAGCGACUCAAGUUGGAAAAGCCCGUUGUGUUAACUCGCUCGUCUGCCUCCAACCCUUUCGGACCCAGCUUGUGCUACGGGGUGCAAGACCUUAUCUUUGAAGUCAUGAGUAACGAUUACAUCGCCACGCUGUCCAUCUACUCAUGUGGGGAUGAAGACGGAGACGAGGAGGUAGAUAGUGGAAAAAAGGGCAAGGGGGGAUGCGGUAGCGGUGUGGAUUCUCUACUGGCGGAUUUCAAUUAAGAAGACCAACAAGUUGAGAAGAAUCUUGCAAAAAAGUGCGUGUGGUGGUGUGGUGAUGGGUGGAGUAUUGAAAAAAUAAGAGCUUAUCAAUCCACAUAAUAAUAUACAAGAUAACCUUCUUACAUACUAAAUAAGUGCUUAAUACCUGCCUGAUCAGUGAGUUUGGUGGUGAAAGUUGGAUGGAGAGAAUGUAUUUGCCACACCUCGGAGAUUAUGCUAAUUAUGUACAUUGGUAAUAUGAGUAUCGCGACAUUUCAUUACUAUCUUUAAUAUCAGUCUGAUUUUUUGAUCCAUUUUUCUGACCCCCACAACAAACAACCUUUCUUCUCAAAUUAUGGUGUUAAUGAUUAUUAUUAUGAAUCUUUAAAUCAUAAUUUUUACCGAUUCUCUAAUUAUUGUGAUAGAAAGAAAGCGAAGGGCAAAAGUAUUGGCAGGGACGUGUGUCGUACGUGGUAAAUAUUAAAGUAAUAUUUGUGCAUUGUUAAUUAAUAUGUGCGACAUGCAUAGUCGGAAAAAAGUUGACCUGAAUUAGUAAAGAUGACAUACAUACAAGAAGAAUUAGUUAAGUUUAAGUAAUUAAUUAAUCGUGGUUUUAACAUAAAUAUCAAUUUUUGUCAAAAAAUUCUCUGCUGGGCUUUUCAAUUUAGUCAAGUCGGGGAAUUUAUUAGGAAUGAUGAAUUAUUUUGCAGCAGGGUUAAAUUGUAUAAGUAGAUAGCGACGAAGGAAGUAAACUUACUUGUAAGUUUAGUCAAGAAUGUAAUAUUUAAUUAAGUUUAAAAUACAUUGAUGCAGCAGCAAUUAAUUAUAAAGUUGCUCGCUAUAAUUCGCCGUGACAUGGAAUAAUAAAUAACUUGUAAAUAGUAGACGAUACAUAAUAUGCAAAUGUAAAUAGUAAUCUUAAGUAUGAUUAGUAAUUAGUGUGUACUUAUAGUUGACUAAUUAAGGACAAACGACAAACCUCCUCCUCUGUUCCAGAUAGUGGCUUAUCAAUCAUGGCGUGAGCGGUGAUGGUCGUAUUAUUUAUUACCGUAGUUUUUUGGAUUGGCUAAUUUUUUAGAUCUCUGCUCGCUCGCGUAUUAAUAUUUUAUAGAAUUCCAGUGGACAUUAUUUUUAAUUAUGUUACUUAAUAUGCCGCGUCAUAAUUUCAUUGUUAAUUAGUUAAUCGUAAAGUUUUAUUAUUAUGAGAAUGGCAUAUUAGAGGAUAAUUUUAGAAUCUGGUGUGUGGCGUCAAGAGGGCAAAAGAAUGAUGCAAAAUCAAUUUCGCAAUGUUUUGAAUGUGUGUAACGAGGACGGGACAGAUAAUCGCUUAUCGCGCAAAUACAUUAUUAAUAAAUCCGCGCAAUAAUUCUAAUAAUAAAUUGUUUCAGGUCGAUUAUAAAGCUACGUAUAUUUAGAUUUUAACUAAAUUAUAUGUAAAAAAAACUCGCAUCCCAUUUUCACUCACUUCCCGAGAUCAAUGUCGAAUAUUGAUUGUCAUUUUAUUU